CAGAUGACACGUGAAACUUUCCCGAGGAGUUGGUUGGUAUGUCUGCUGUGUGCUGUGCGGCUCUCCGUUAACUGCAGACAACCUAUAGCGAGUAAACCAGUGUGCUUCGUGCCUAUUUUUAGCAGUCUGCCUGUCUAAUGGGGGAAAGCGAAGGGACUUGAAGAAAGUGCUCAGGAAGUUGGACUCAGCUGCGAUGCAAUGAGCUCGAACAACACCGCAAAGUGACGGAAUAAAAAAAAAGUUAACACGAGUUCAACUCUUAUUUGCCUCGGCCUAAUUUCACUUUGAUUUCCAACGCAGUGGCCACUUGAGAAGUUGCUGCGCAGCGCAAUGGCUGCCCAGUGCGACACUUUAAGCGGAUACUUGCAGCAGUCGGACCAGGGCUCCAACAGCGAGCGCAGCACCGACUCUCCUCUGCCGGGAUCAGAAGAGGACCUGAGCGGACCCCAUCCUCUGCCAGACCCGGAGUGGACUGAGGAGAGGUUUCGGGUUGACCGUAAGAAGUUGGAGGUCAUGUUAUUAGCUGCCUCUGAGGGGAGAGUCAAUGGCGGGGAGGAUUUCUUUCAGAAGAUCAUGGAUGAGACACAGACACAGAUAGCCUGGCCUUCCAAACUCAAAAUCGGUGCCAAGUCCAAAAAAGAUCCACACAUCAAGGUGUGCGGGAAGAGGGAGAAUGUGAGGGAAGCCAAAGACAGAAUAAUGUCUGUUCUCGACACAAAGAGCAACAGGGUAACUCUGAAGAUGGACGUCUCCCACACAGAGCACUCUCAUGUCAUUGGAAAAGGUGGCAACAACAUCAAAAGGGUAAUGGAGGAGACCGGGUGCCACAUCCAUUUCCCCGACUCCAACAGGAACAACCAGGCAGAGAAAAGCAACCAGGUGUCCAUCGCUGGGCAGCCAGGAGGGGUGGAGGCAGCACGAGUAAAAAUACGGGAGCUGCUCCCUCUCGUGCUGUCUUUCGAGCUUCCCGCCAUCAUGCAGUCUGACCCCAGCUCCCCCACUGUGCAGCACAUCUCGCAGACCUACAACCUCACAGUCUCCUUCAAGCCCCCCACUCGCCUCUACAGGGCCACAGGCGUGGUUCGCGGCUCACAGAAUAACGCCAACGCUGUCAAGAGGGGAACUGCCUUGCUGCUGGAGCACCUUGCUGGUAGCCUGGCAAGCACCAUUUCCGUCACCACCCACCUGGACAUAGCACCCCAACACCAUCUCUUCAUGAAGGGCCGCAACGGCAGCAACAUCAAGCACAUCACCCAGAGAACAGGAGCACAGAUCCACUUCCCAGACCCCAACAACCCCCAGAAGAAAUCCACAGUCUACAUUCAGGGCACCAUUGAAUCCGUUUGCCUUGCACGGCAGUACCUCAUGGGCUGCUUGCCUCUGGUCUUAAUGUUUGACAUUAAAGAGGAUGUUGAGGUGGAGCCGCAGUGUAUCACUGCGCUAAUGGAGCAGCUGGAUGUUUUCAUCAGCAUCAAACCAAAACCAAAACAGCCCAGCAAGUCUGUGAUAGUCAAGAGCGUGGAGAGAAAUGCAGUAAACAUGUACGAAGCCCGGAAGUUCCUCUUGGGUCUGGAGAGCAACGGGGUGCCGUGCUCUUCCCCCUCUGUGGUGCUGAAUCCCGCCACAAACGGCCCUUCACCGUCCCUCAUUUGCCCCGUCGGCCUGGACAUCCUGGCCUCAGCUGGCCUGGGGCUGAGCAAUCUGGGUUUCUUGGGUGCCACAGCAGCACACUCCCUUACAAACUCAGCUGUCCCAAAUGCUGUCCUCAACAGCUUAAACUCAACAUUGAGCCCCCUGCAGACUCCAAGCCCCAGCACCCCUACACCCUCUCCCUCCCUGUGGCCCAGUUCACUAACUAGCACCCAAGGCUUCUCCUCUCAGCUCAUGCUGCACCCUGCAACCCAGGCCACCCUGAGCAGCAUCCUGCUGUCAGGCGUGCAGGGUUACACGCAGAGCACGCCGUCCCCUCCCCCAGGCCUCGCUCCCAUCGACAAGCAGCCCAACGGCAUCCCCGACUGCGCCAAGGGCCCCUGCACUCUCAAUGGACAUGUAAAGCAUCCCAGCUCAGUCUAUGGAAGGAUGGCAACAGCGUCACUUGCAGAAACUGUGUUGAGUCCAGCACCAUGUGACUCGGUUCAGGAGGCCAGUGGACACAAUCCAUCAGAACCGCUGUCCAGCAAGUCCAGCCAGGAUGAAGGCUCCGACACAUUUGUGGAAGUGGGCAUGCCUAGAAGCCCCUCGCACUCGGCUAACGGCAGCGAGCUGAAACAGAUGCUGGCUUCGUGUAAGACGUCGUCAGGGAAACGGCAGGCUGUGGAGCUCCUGCAGGGCACCAAGAACUCCCAUCUACAUUCUGACUGUCUCCUCUCUGACGCCGAGUCCAGCUCGUCAGACAGUCCCGUGGCGGAUAAGAGGGCACCAGGGAGUGAGCGGGCGGCUGAGAGGGCGGCACAGCAGAACGAAAGGGAGAGAAUCAGACUGGCACCGCAGACCCCCUUUCCUAACAUGCAGGCAUUUGACUAUGAGCAGAAAAAGCUCUUGGCAACCAAAGCUAUGUUAAAGAAGCCUGUGGUGACGGAGGUGCGGACCCCCACCAACACAUGGAGCGGUCUGGGCUUUUCAAAGUCCAUGCCAGCUGAGACCAUCAAGGAGCUAAGGAGAGCUAAUCAUGUGCCAUACAAGCCCAGCAUGAGCACCACCUACGAGGGUUCCCCACUGUCCUUGUCUCGAUCCAGCAGCAGGGAAGGCAUCGGGAACGGCAGUGACUCCGACAACUGGCGAGACAGGAACGGCGGCAUCAACGGCCUUCCAAGUCACACCGAGUUCCCGUCCGCUGUCGGUAGCCCAAAAAGGAAGCAGAACAAAUCUGCUGCAGAGCAUUACCUCAGCAGCAGUAAUUACAUGGACUGCAUCUCUUCGGUAACUGGCAGCAACGGCUGCAGUCUGAACUCUUCUCUGAAAGGUUCUGACCUGCCUGAGCUGUUCAGCAAGCUCGGCCUGGGGAAGUACACCGACGUCUUCCAGCAACAAGAGAUUGAUCUCCAGACGUUCCUGACUCUGACGGACCAGGACCUGAAGGAGCUGGGCAUCACCACAUUUGGAGCCCGCAGGAAAAUGCUGCUUGCUAUAUCAGAACUGAACAAGAACCGUAGGAAGCUAUUCGAGCCGCCCAUCAGGUCCUCCUUUCUGGAAGGGGGAGCGAGCGGCCGCCUCUCCCGGCAGUUUCACGCAGACAUGGCAAGCAUCAGUGGGCGAUGGUAAUCUCCCCCUGGUCCUCAAGCCAUCCCUGGAACCGUCCAUGAUGGAGUCCAGCCUCCUGUUUCUCUGUGCCUGAGAUGCCCAGGUUUCAGUGGAUGUUUACCCCAUUUCAGCUUUAGCUGAAAAAUAGUUUUCAGAAUGUUUUUGUUGCCAUAUAGUUUAAAUAUAUAUGUUAUACAAAAAGCCAUAAUUGUACCUAUAGUGCCAACAGGAAAAAAAAAGGAUUUCUCAGAUACAUGAGGUUCAGUGUUCGCUCCCUAUAGAGCUGUAAAGUCUGUGAGGAGCAUUACGGUAUGAAGGUUGUUGUUCUGGUUACAGUCCAGUGUUUCUGUCCAUGUUUAGUUCAAGGGAACAGGCAGAAUGAUUAGUACAAUCAUUUUACACAUUGAUGCUACCUGCAUUUGUAUUAUGCUGUUGUAUCAGUGACAUGCACUUUAAUAAUACUAGACUUUUGCCUGUGAAAGCCUAAUUAAUAAUUCCUGAGAUUGAAGUAACGAUGAUACCUAUGCAUUUUUUUUUACUGACUAAAAGCACAGAUGCAUUUUGUACCAAACCAAAUGGAAGCACUUAACCAGUGAGAUUAGAGCGCCAUCCAAUGAAGUACAAAAAGAGGUCAUUAACUUUAACCCGUAUACCAAAGGGAAGUACCCUUGUGGCCUUUGAUCUUCAGCUGCUUUUACGUGUUUGAUUGGUUGACAUUCCUUUUAGGUCAGUGUGUGUGUCCAACCAUAAUCUGUUUACGAAUGUAGACACAUAAAAAAAAUCAAAUCUUGUGUACUCAUUUUGCAUUAUGAUUUUAUUUUUUGUUUUUACUACCAACUUAGGGGAAUGGGUGGGAUGUGUAACAGCUAUCAGUUUACAUAUGUACUUUUUUUUUUUUUAUACAUUCAUGAAUGAUUUUGUUAUUAGAUUAUUUGUAUCUUCCCCCCACCUGUCCUUUUAAUCUGUGGAGCCGUUGUGUGGCUGUGCCAUUAGACAGCAGCAGAGACAUGAGGCAGUCAGGCUGAGCUUUACAGGUCUCUCUCUGUGUCAACAUGCAUCUUGCUGUGGUUUUCCUCCCUGUUUGUUUAUAGUACCUUUUUUUUUUUUUUUUUAUAGUGGUCUUUUGUCUCAUCUGUUAUUCGUCAUGGUUUGCCUCCCUGUGGCCCCUUCUGUGUGCCGAAAAUCUCACAAGCACUCCUCCACGUCUUUAGGAGCUCUGUGCCCAUUUUUGCCUGCCUAUCCACUUGCUGUUUGAUUUAAAGCAAGAAAAAGACCUCACUACAGAGCAAGGCCAUGCCUUUGUAGCCAAAAGUGCCAAUGUACAUAACUAGUUUUUUCAGCAGGGAGAUUUUCCCUAAGAACACUAAUAUUUUCUGACCUUACUCUCCAGAUAGGAGGUGCAUCACACAAAGAACCAGUUUAUUCACAGCCAACGUGGUUUUACACCAGCAUUUCUAGAAGAGACAAACAAAGGGAACCAAAGUCCUCUGAAGGACUUUGAGAUUUGAGAGAAAAGCAAAUAGAAAUCUGGAAUUUUCUAGUAUCAGUCGUGCAAUCAAAUAUACAGAAAACCUGGUUAAGCAGUGUUUAAUGAAGAAGCAAGACUGUGUAUGCAGGAGUAGUGUUUAUUGUUCUGAGCUCCUGUAUUAUGUUUGGUCACAUGAUUUCAAAAGAAAACAUCCCUUUUCCUGCAGCUCAUUAACUUCGGAUAACUCUAGUGUUCUUUUUAGUGAGGUUCUAGUGAAAGGAUUCAGUCCACAAGCCAAAGGUCCUGAGCAUUUUUUUAUCAAGUUCCUUGGAAAUGUGUUUCUAUUUGCAGUUCAAAAAGUAGAAAAGUGAAGUCUGAAGAAUGUCUUAUUUUGGUAUCAAUGACAGUACAGUGUUAAAAAUCUAUAGUAUGAAGAGAAAAUCAUCACUGUCCAGCACAUGGAGAUUAAUUAUGAGAAAUUGAUCGAACAGAUAUUGGAGGGAAAAGGGAAGACAACUCAUUUUCACCCCUUUGUAAUUUUCAAUGAUUCCCAUGAAGAUGACUUUUUGCUCAUCAUGUCCACCUUGACCACUUCCUACCAUCUCUUGCAUCUGAUUUGAGCCACUCUCAAUGUGGUUGUCAAGUUGAUAACACUUUACUUAAUAAUUGUCUGACAUGGUUGCCGAUAUCAACCAGGUAAUUGUCUUUUUUUUUCUCCUUUAAGUCUAAAAAAAAAAAAGAGACAAAAGGUGAGAAAGUUAAAAGGGAUUGUUUAUAAAGAGAGAGAAGAAACCCGGGGCUGAUUCGCCCUCACUCAUCAUGGUACUAAACUGUUGAGCGCUGACUCUAACAGUGCUGUGACUCGUGUUCCUGCCUAGCAGACAUUUGUUUUCAUCCCUCACUUUGUUUCCGAUGGUUUUGCUCUGAGGGCAAAAAGAGGUUCUUGUUUUCUCAAGUAAAUGUUGUUUGAAACAAAGUAUUGAUGCAUGUUUUUGCAGAUUUAUUACGGAUCAUUGAAGGGACUCAUCAAGUCGAAAAGUUUACUGCCAGCUUGGAAAAGUUUCACAAUUAUGUCUUUGAUUUUUUUUUUUUGUAUUAUUCAUGUUUUUGUCCCCAAAGGGAUUAUUUUUGAAGGGUUCUUUGUACUGCAAUCAAAUGGUACAUUUAUAAUAAAUGUAAACCACUAAGGAAAUGUUGUAAUACAUAACAUUUGUACACCUUCUUCAUCUGAUACAGCCAUUGUUCGAGUGUGGGAAAGGUACAAUUCCAUUGAGGAAUUUGUGUGUAAACAUUGCCAUGAGGCCAAAGCUCUGUUCAUUGUGGCAUCUGUUGAUGCUAUUGUUAUUCUGAUUGUAUUGUAGUACGGAUAUAAACAGGACAGUCAAGAGAAAUUGUCAAGCAGGCAAAAAAAAAAUAA